GGCUAGUGAAAUACCCAAAAAUGAAUUCUCUUAGCAUUGGAAGUUUGAUCGUUUUGCUGGUUGUUGUGGCCACGACCGAAUCUGCCAAAACGGAAUCCUCCAUCUUCGGUCCGCAGCCGAUGCAAUAUCAAAUGCCAGCCACAUCCACCUUCAUCGUGUCCGACUUUCUACAGUUUCUGCAAACGGCCACCACGUGUUUCAACAAGCUGAGAAUUCCGGAGGAACGUUUCCCACUCUACCUUGCCGGUGUGUUCCCGAACUGUCCGGAAACGCAGUGCUUCGUACGGUGUCUCUCCGCCAACCUGAACCUGUACUGUGACGAAACUGGUUCCGACAUCGAUCGGCACUACCUGCAGUACGGUCUCGGACAGGACUAUAACUGCUUCCGUCAGAAGGCGGAACAGUGUCUGGCGGCCAACACCUCACCCUGUAACGACCCGUGUGAGGCCGCAUACAAACAGGAACUCUGUUUCCUGGAGGAGUUCCGCAAGUACGUCGAUUCCAACAUGAACUCGCUUAUUGCUGCCGUCUAUGUAGAGAAGGCCGAACAAAAUCCGGUACACUAUAACAUGAACAGCCGUAACUAGUUGCACUGUUUUCUGGUUGUGCCGAGAAGGUAGUGAGUUCGCCGGGUGUUGAAAUGAAUGAAAAUAAAGCAUAAUUCACUAAUGUAAAACAAACCUUCAACUAGCAUAAAUAUUAUUUCUGGUGCUUCACCGUCCGCUUCCGUACGGGAUGACAUUCCCAGCAAUGGAGUGCAUCUUUUUGUCGACAUUAUUUUCGUUUGUUGUCUACAAUGGCGCGACAGAACAGCAGCAACCUGGCUGUCAAUGACCAUCAAACUUGACCGUGACAUUUAUUAUAAAAACUCUCCCAAUGUUUCUUAACGCUUGCAGUUCAACUGUAGUGUCUAGACUGUACAUAUGAUGUUAGGUACCGUGCAACUAACUAUCGUUGAGGUAGUCCUACUACUAAUGGGACUAACCUCAAUAUCUGCAAUGUUUGGAGCUCGUGAUCCUCCUCCUGGUCCGCUGCUCGAAGCACAAGCAGCUUGCGUGAAAUAUUUAGGCAUCUGCGAUAACCGUCUGGUGCAGUACAAUAACAGUAUCUACCCGACCGAUCAUGACACGAUGUGUAUGGUGCGUUGUGCCGGCAUUAUCGUUGGAUUCUGGGACGACACUCACGGAUUCAAAAUGGAAGGGCUCAUCAACCUCUUCCCUCAGCUGGCAGCAGAUAGCCGAGCGCAGCAGCAAAUUUUAAGCUGUGCAGAGCAGCGUAUUGCUGCAUGUCCUCCAACCGAUACGUGUACGAAAGCAUACACCGGAUUCCGCUGCUUUCUGGAGGCACAGAAGAAUGGAUUUGGAGUGAAAGAUACGCUGCCGGAGGAGCCACCCUAUGUCUUCGAUGGGAAUGAAUUUAUGCGAUCGUUAACAAUCUGUGCGAAGAUCCUACGAAUACCCAAGAAUCUCCGGGAUCUGUAUCAGCAAGGUGUCUUCCCGAAUGAUGAGAAAACACGCAGCCUCAUACGAUGCUUUGGCCUGCGGACGGAACUUUACGACGAUGAGAAAGGGCCAAACCUAUCGCGAUUGUACAAGCUGUUCGGUGCAGGUCAAUCGGAAAAGGAGUUCCGCCGGAUAGCUGAACUAUGCAUGCACGCCAACCAGCCGCUGUUGAACGCGCAAGACAAAAAUGCUCUAGCGUACGGUAAGCUGUAUCGGUGCUUUAGCAAGCAAUUCGGUGCACUCAUCCGGGCCAAUGCUAGCUAGUUGUAACG